AUGCAAGAUAAAACGUACUUAGACGAUGGUUCGCAAAAUUCAUUCCUAUACAAUGCCGAUUGCAUGAAUUUGCUUUCGCCGGACGAGAAAUUGUCAUUUUCGGAAGAAGAGAACGUAACUACGGACAUUGGCCAGCAGGAAGAAAUGCAAUGCAGAUGGAUGGAUUGUCAUUUAGUAUUUAGUGAUCGGCGGACGCUUGUUGGGCACAUUGAAAAGACGCAUGUGAAGUGUGGAAAAGCUGAGGAGUACUCGUGCCUGUGGUUAGGAUGUCUGAGGAGCAAACGGCCGUUCAAUGCGAGGUACAAGCUGCUGAUCCACAUGCGCGUCCACUCGGGAGACAAGCCGAACAAAUGUCCGUUCAAUGGUUGCGACAAGGCGUUCUCGAGGCUGGAAAACUUGAAGAUUCACCAGCGCUCCCACACUGGCGAGCGUCCGUACGGCUGCCAGUACGCCGGAUGCCGGAAGGCCUUCAGCAACAGCUCGGACCGUGCCAAACAUCAGAGGACGCACUUUGACACGAAACCCUAUGCGUGUCAGGUACCCGGUUGCAGCAAAAGAUACACCGACCCUUCGAGUCUCCGCAAACACGCCAAGUUGCACGGUCUCAGGUCAGCUUCAACCUCCAACGACUCCGUCCCCGUCGAACAGAAGAAAAUUCAACCCUCGCCUGAUGAUUUUAUCCCAAAACCUUAUAUGGAAAAUAAUCUUGAAAGUACCAGCUUAGAUAUUUUAGAUGCACUCGACAUGGAUGAUGUUUCCAAUUGCCUAUUUACCAUUGAACAAGAACAGGAGGAAUAUGUUCCUUUCGAUUCCGUGAGACACUUAUUAGAUGAACAUAUUGGUUUUCUCGAUAAUGCACUGGAUUACGAUGAAGCUAUACUUUGA